AGUGUAGUGGGAUGAGAGGGUACUUAGGGAGGAGAGUAAAAGCCACAGUGCCACCUGAACUGUGUUUGACGGCGGUUUAUUUCCCAGACGUCUGUUGUUUUUUCCGGUGUCUGUUGUUCAGCACAGCCAGCCACCAUGCCCACCGAUGCCCAAAGCGAUGCCCGCUCCUUCCUGACUGAGGAGAUGAUUGCAGAGUUCAAGGCUGCCUUCGACAUGUUUGACACAGAUGGUGGCGGUGACAUCAGCACCAAGGAGUUGGGUCAGGUAAUGAGGAUGCUGGGCCAGAACCCGUCAAGGGAGGAGUUGGAUGCCAUCAUUGAGGAGGUCGAUGAGGAUGGCAGUGGUACCAUCGACUUCGAAGAGUUCCUGGUCAUGAUGGUGCAACAGUUAAAGGAGGACCAGACUGGAAAGAGCGAAGAGGAACUCUCAGAAUGCUUCCGUAUUUUUGACAAGAACGGAGAUGGUUUUGUCGACCGGGAGGAGUUUGGAGAUAUCCUCCAUCUCACUGGAGAGUCAGUGGCAGAGGAAGAUAUUGAUGAGAUGUUUGGGGAAUCAGACACAAACAAAGAUGGAAAGAUUGAUUUUGAUGAGUUUCUGAAAAUGAUGGAGAAUGUCCAGUAAUGAGGCUGGCUCUACAUUCCUUGGUGAACGCUCCCCGGAGAGAGAGUUGAGCAUGCUGUCUGAUGGAAAUCUGUUCGGAGCAGAGGUCAAAUGCUACAAAGCCCGCUGUAUAAUUAUGAAUAUGUCAUAUUUUCUGAGAUAUCUAAAUGGCUACAAGUAGAACGCCUUUAAUCCCCCCUCCCCUCCCCUUUCCAUAUGAAGGGGGCUUGGUGACGGAAUCUAUAAAUAUACCUUCAAACCAUUUAAGACGAAGACACUCUCUCACUGCCAUCCUGCCAUCUCCUUGGCCACUCAGCUGUCUACUGGGCAGCUGCUGUUUCUCCAGAAAUGCAACACCACCCAGGAUGCCCCCACCCCACCCAGCCCCCAAGUUUGCCCUAAAAACUGAAUCUCUCCUCCAUCCUGUCCUGUUCCUUUGAAAUAAAUCAACUGUCUCCUUCUG